AUGGCCAUGUAUCCGGUGUCCAUCAACGACGGCGGCUCUUCUGCCUCUCUGCCCCACCAUCCGCAGCAGCAGCAGCUCGAGAAGAAACAACAAAACGCUCAGCAGCCGCUCCAAUCAGAUUCGCUCGAUAGUCACCUCCUACACUUGCAUCAGCAGCAAGCUCAGCUCGAAGCUAUGCAUAUCCUUCAACAGCAGCAGCACAUUCUGCCCAGUAUCAUUACCCCCAAGGAAGAACAGAUCAGUGUCCUCCACGAUCCCCCUUCAGGCCCUUGGUCCAGCGAAGACUAUGAUUCCAUGAUGCGCUCCAUCCUCGAUGCCACCCUACCUUCGGAUCACUUUACCGACCUCGAAGCUCCUGCAUCCCUCGCAUCCUUCUCGGCUUCAUACGCUGGCUCCUAUGUCUCUACCACCAGCGACAGCGGUGCUAGUCCUAACAGCAUCAAUGAUCUCGUCUACGGAAGCGCCAGCUUCCCCACACCGCCAGCUUCCGAUGUCGGUUCCUCCGCUCGUAACUUUUCCUUCUCGCUGACUCCUCACAAUGGUACAGCAAUCAGCCCAGAUGGCAGCCUCGAUUUCUCAAACACUUCCUAUGCACAGUCCUACUCAGGUUCCGACACCACCUCGCCGUACGCUCAGCAGUUCAAUCUCCAUGCUUCGUCCUCCACCUCGCCAUUCGGUCUGCAACCUGUGCUCCCACCAGCACCGUUGCCCUUGAAUGGCACUUGCCCCAUACCCUCCAGUCAGCAUUCCGAUCUGCCCACCUCCAUCUCUCCACAGUGGCACGCCAACUUCCUCACUCCCACCGCCCCUGGUCUUCAGCCUUCUCCAGCACCGCAAGUCGUCCCCCGAGAUGCUGCUCAAAUCACAUCGCCGUCCGUGUCCGCCACUGCUACCAGUGCAAAAGCGACCGGUCGAAAGAGACGCGCAGGCGAUGUCAAUUCCGAACCCAAAAAAGCCACCGCCGUUGCUGCGUCCAAGUCGGAAUCUACCAACGUCGUCCGCAUCUCAAAGAAGGCCAAGCCAAACGUCGAACAAAAGACAGCAUCUUCCAGCAGCGCUUCCUCGAUCAACCAGAUCAGCAGCAAGUUGCCUCACAUGGAGGUAGGUAGUAACGCCACUGCUCUCGCUGCCAUCCAGAGACUGAAAGCCAAGCGACUUCAAGAAACACAAGCGCAAGCUGCCGCAAAGGCUGCUCAUCAAGCAGAUGCGGCACAAGCCUCCUCCGAAGCACUCGCCACCUCUGCCGACAAAGCACAGCUUGAUCCUGCUACGCGUCAACAGAAAAAGGUGGCCCACAAUGCAAUUGAAAGGAGGUACCGCAACAACAUUAACGACAGGAUUGCUGCCCUUCGCCGUGCUGUACCAGCCCUUCGAGAGAUUCGACCACGCAAGACGCCUUCCGGUCGAAGAAGUCGAAAGGCGCAACAGGAGGAGGAUCUCGUCGACGGUGUCCCCGCGGCUACCAAACUCAACAAGGCUACCAUUCUAGGCAAGGCCACUGACUACAUCAAGUACCUCAAGUCGCGCGAAUUGCGCCUAAACAGCGAAGUUGCCGGACUUCGCGAACUCGUUCGCAGUCUCGAGGGCGGGGAGGAGCUUCUAGAGCUUUGGGAAGGCGAGAUGGACAAGGUAGUCGCCGAGCAAGAAGCGCUCGCCGCCGCCGCUGCUGCCAGAGAGGAAGAAGAAGCCGAACAAGGCCAGCCCGCUGUGGAAGCUGACGACGAUGACGACGACGAAGAAGAUGAAGAAGUGGCAGACGACGACAACGACGAGGCUGACGCAGCUGAAGGCUCCUUCGCCAGCGCUUCAUCUUUGUCGCCUUCAUCUGCUCGUAGCCGCACUGAAUCCAAAACUGGACGCGGUCGUAAAUUGGGCAUCGGUGGUGCCAUCUCCUCUGUUGCCUCCUCUCGUUACAUGCUGGCCACCUUCCUGGGCAUCAGCUUCAUCGGCUCCGGUGCCGAGUUUGCGCUGGACGGGACUGCGUCGGACGCAAGCCAAGCCGUUGCUCGCCCUGCGGCUGGCAAGGUCGUGGUCGGUGCAAGCCGUCAGCUGCUCAAGCGGUCCGCUACCUAUCUAGCGCCUGGUACUUCACUAGCUCAAGACGCACACGCCUUUGACGCUGUUCCCACACACGCUCUCACUUUUGAAGUGUUGCGGGUCGUAUCAUUUGCUUUCUGCUUCCUCUUCCUCGUUUGGCCCGUCUUGUCUCGUCUCUUUGCACACAGUUCAACGUCCUCCUCCGGACGGAUGAGCGAAGCAGAUCAAGAGGAGGAGCAAAGGCACAUUGGCGAAAGUCGCAAGCUGCGCUUAGCCUUGACAAAGGGCGAGCUGGACGUUGCCACGUUUGAUGCUGUUGUACGUGCUCGUGUCUCGGCGCCCACUUCUACAGUGCUCGCAUUGCCUUCGGUUGCUGUGGCUGCAUUGCGCCUCGCUCUCAGUCGGUCCACACGCCUCCACAAGCUUGUGCCCGCCGAGAAGCUGUCCGAUCAAGAUGCUGCCGGUUUGGGUCGUCUUCUCGAAGUCGAAACGCUGUGCGAGGCCAGCUCACAGUCGUCCUGGCUGCUCCGACUUGAGACAGCUCUGCGUGUGGCCAACAGCAAGCUCAUUCGUGGCGGGCAGGAUAUGCGUGCUACUCGUGAUCCUGUCUUGGCGUCACCGAGGCUCAAAGCUACGUUGGCGCUCUCUCUGGCUCGUCUGGGUGAAGGAAUUGAGUCUAUACAGGAUCUUGCCGACCAGAUGUGGACGGAAGCGCGGUCCAGUCUUUGUGAUGCUGCCUCUUGCACGGCGUCAUCGAGCGCAACUGUGGGCUUGCGCUCGGCUUGCGACAAGGACGAGAGGUUGAUGGAGUCGGAAGAUGCCUCUUGGCUCUCUUGUGUGCUCUCACUUGACUUGGACAGCGCGCACGACUUGCUUGCCUCUGCAUGGUCGUCGGCGGAUGCGUGCAGUUGCGACUACUCUGCUGUUCUGGCCAUGGCAGACGUGUACUACUGCGCGCGACUGACGGACGUGUGGAAUAGCCUGUUAGUGAGCUUGUUCGAGGCUUCGUGCCCGUCGGCAGCUGAAGCGCGUCCUUGCUCGUUGGUGCGCGACUUUAUCUCGCUGCAGGCUAAGCAGAAGCUCGAGCUUAGCAUUGUACUCGAUCAGGGCAAGCGCAAGGAGCUGCAUCGCGAGAUCACGACGCUUGCGCGCACGGCGCCACCGACUGCGCGCGCCUGGCAGAUGGCGCAGGUGACGCUCGCAAGCUGGUCUGCGGUGCUAGGCAAUCUUGGACUGGCACGACACGUGGGCUCGAUGCUGCGCGAUCAUCCAUUUGGCGUCGAGGGGCGUGUGCAGCUGUCGAGCGUAUCCAUGCUGGAUGCAUUUGUCGCUAUGGACGUCGAAUGCGACACUGGCUCGCUUGCAACGUACGAUCAGCUUGACGCCAAGGCAACCCUGUUCUUGGCAUGGAUCCAAUUCCUGCGCACCCUCACUGACGCUCGUACACACCCGACACACUUGUACGCCGCUACACGUCAGAUUCGAAUGCUCGUCUCAGGCGUCACUACACACUCGACCUCGCACCUCUCGGCCCAUCUCGAUACGUGUCUCGACCUGGUCACUGACCUCUGCACCGCCCUGGCGCGCCGUCUCAACCGCCUCCCUCGUAUCCCUCACGAUGAGCCUCUCAAACUGCUGCUCGACACUUGCAACGACGACACAGACUCCGGAAUCGAACUCUGA